GUCCCAAAGGGAAGUAUACUUUAGCCACAGUGUUUGAAAUUUUCUGAGUUUAAAAUAUUCUACCUCUUCCAGUGACAUGGUUUCUCCGUGUGGACUGAAACAGGUUGACCUUGACGAGUUGGCUCAGAACUUCACAGCUUGGCAAAAGAGAUCAGUGUGUUACAAGGUCUUGUUGACAAGUUACAAGGCACAGUGGCUAAAAGAUGUGAUUUGGAAGGAACAUUCUAAGGAGCUGUCAGAGUCCAGCCGAAUUCUGCAGUCUGUGAAGGAGAAACACAAGGAACAGCUGAAGCAGCUCAAGGAUAAUGCAGCCAAACUAAAGAGGGAGGAAGGCGCCUUACUGCAGCAGUCCAUUCAGCAGAAGAACUCAGAACUUCAGCAGCUACAGAAGCAGUUGGAGGACACAGAGAGGGAAAAACACUCACAGAUAGUACAGCUGAAGAUGGCAUAUGACAGCAAGUUACUAAAACUACAGAAACAGACUGCAACACUACAGCAGCAACAGAGGGGCCCGUCUUCAGCUAACCAUGAGAUCUUCAGACAGAAACUGCAAGCACUGAAGAACCAGAGCGAGCAGGAGAAAAGUGCCCUCAAGAGGACCAUUGGUGAACUGCAGCAGAAACUAAAUGCAGCACAACAUAGUCAUGGCACAAAGAGGAGAAAACUGUAGGGUGCCAUUUACAAAUUCAUUCACUAGCCUAUGGUAAUCAAGAUUGCUUUAGAAAAAAUAUGGAAUGAAAAUUAAUUGUUCACCAUAUAGGAAAAAAGAAAGAAAUAUACAUAAUUGCAUGUACUUGACCUCCUUUAUUUACAACAGUUGAAGUCAUUUACAUGAACUGUAACAGAACAACUUUUAUAGAUAUAAUUUGAAAAUACACUCAACAAUUGUGUUCCAGCCCUUACAAUAGUACAUCCACAUAGACUUUCUUGAGAAUCUUGUUGCAGUUUGCUAUACUCUCCUUACAAAAUUAGC